UGGCACUUCUGUAAAACCCAAAUCAUCAUCACCAUGGGAGCUGCCGACAACCAAAACCCUAGCAACACUCCUCAGAACACCCCUUCUUCUUCUUCUUCUUUGUCGUCGACGAAUCACCUAUCCUCAAAAGCUAAUUCCUCCUCCCAAAAGAUCCACUACCCUAACCCUCCCGAUCCUUCUAAUCCAGACCCUGCCACACUCAGAGAUCAAUGGCGCUACGCCACCAGACAAUACAGUAAAUGGUAUUCUCACGCCUGGGGGACUGCGAUUCUCGCUGGUCUUUCUUUCUUCGCUCUUGGUUGGAUUAUCAAGGGCUCCAAUCCCCUCCCUUCUCUCUCCCGCGAUUCUCCGUCAUCAUCCUCUUCAUCAUCUUCAUCUGAUGAGAAUAAGUGAUAAUUUCCACGGAUGUUGACACCGGAUAUUCUUGGAGAUGGAGAUUUUUGUCAGUCAAAUUUUCGAAUUUCCUGAACAUUGAUGAAUCAAAACUGGAGCCACAAGGAAACUCAAAUGGACAAUCUAUAAACCCAAAUGAAGAAUCUGUGUAUUAUGAAGAGAGGUUGUAUUCACAGGGAUAUGUCUAUGGCCUACCAAUACAGUAACCAAGCAUGGCAUAACAACGGUAGCAGCAUUGUAUUUGUUGAAAAAAUGGGUUAAACAGAGCAAGAAAUUUCACUUUGAUGUAUGGCUAAAUUGCUUUUCAAAAUCCUGAAAUCUUGGUGGUAGUAGGAGGCAAAUUUUGUAUAGAGCCAAAAUUAUGCUGUUGACCCAGUUAAUACAAGGGCUAGAGAUCCAUCUCUGUGUUUAUACAAA